GAAAGAAAACAAGAUCAGAAAACAACCGAGAAGACUUGUGCGUUCUUGCGAUUCAAAAGCAUUUUUAAGUGUCGAGACCAUUCAUCGACCAGCCUCGCUAUCUUUGGCUGCUAAUUUCGCGGCUUAGUGGACCUAUAACGAGAUAAAAAUCUUGAGCGAAGAUGAGUUAUUCAACGUGUCGAAUUCUCACGAUACUGUUGCUCCAGGCGUCGAGUCAUCUCGUCGUCCUUGGAAGCAACGCCUCUACCGUUUCGACUGGUGCUGAACCCUCCGGUGCUUCCGGUCCUGAUUAUACCGGUCCAUCAGCCGGUUCGGACGAAUGUGAUCCCGAGAUGGUUGGCUUCGAGCUCGUUACCGGAUACGUUCACACCGCCCCCAAGAGCAUGCUCGAGUCUGUACCCGGAACUUUAAUGCUCACCGACUGCCUCGAGCUCUGCCAGGCCAAUGACUCGUGCCAAGCUGUCAACUACGAAACGGGACUGUGUGUUUUAUUUAGCUCUAAUGCCGACGUCAAUCCAGGUGCGUUGACUCGAUCGCAGUUCCCGGUGUUCACGAUCUACGCCCAAAAGAGUUGUCUCGCAGUGAAACCGUGCGAGAGAGCAUGGUGCAUCGACAGAGUGCAAGGACAUCGUCUUCAGGGUCACACGAAGAGAAGCAUGACCGCGUCGUCCCGUCAACAUUGCCUUGAGCUGUGUCUCGGUGAGCGAGACUUUCUGUGUCGAUCUGCCAAUUACGCAAACUCAACGAAGGAGUGCGAGCUCUCUGACAUGGAUAGAUUGACCAUUGCCGGCUCGAAUGCUUUCCAGACAUCGAAAGGCUUCGACUACCUUGAGAAUCAUUGCGUCGACGAACCCGUGAAGCUUUGCGAGUUCAAGAAACUCUCGGGUCGUAUUCUUAAGACGGUUGACUCGGUUUAUCAGGACGUCGGUACAUCCGAGGAGUGCCGCGAGCUCUGUCUCAACUCUCCUUUCCGCUGUCACUCUUACGAUUACGGUGAUACCGGUGACAUGGUAUGCCGUCUCAGCCAUCACGCGCGAGCUACUCUUUCCGAUAUUCAGGAUCCUUAUCUCGACGUGCCGGAAGCAUCAACGUACGAGCUCAGCUCGUGUUACAAUGUAACGAUCGAUUGUCGCGCUGGUGACAUGGUGGCCAGAAUUCAAACGAGCAAGCUCUUUAACGGCAAGGUAUACGCAAAGGGUUCACCAAACUCGUGUGUCCAGGACGUAAAGGGUGCACUUGAAUUCGAGUUACGCAUGGCGUAUGACGAUCUUGAGUGCAACGUGAGACAACAGGGUCUGGGACGUUAUCUGAACGACGUUGUUAUUCAGCAUCAUGAUACUAUAGUGACCAGCUCGGAUUUAGGACUCGCAGUAACUUGUCAGUACGAUUUGACCAACAAAACCGUUUCUAACGAAGUUGAUCUUGGUGUACACGGUGAUAUUACACCUGCAUUGUCUGAAGAAGUGAUCGUCGACUCGCCCAACGUCGCUAUGAAGAUAACGGAUCGCAAUGGAAACGACGGCGUCCCUUCGGCCGAAGUCGGUGAUCCACUCGCCCUCAAAUUCGAAAUUCUCGAUCCGAACAGCCCGUACGAAAUAUUUGUUCGCGAACUCGUUGCCAUGGACGGUGUUGACUCGAGUGAAAUUAUCCUGAUUGAUUCUGACGGCUGUCCUACCGAUCACGUCAUCAUGGGACCCCUUUACAAGACUGCAUCCUCUCGCAAAAUACUUUUGUCACAUUUCGAUGCCUUCAAGUUCCCAAGUUCCGAAGUCGUGCAAUUCCGUGCGCUAGUGACUCCGUGUAUGCCUUCUUGCGAGCCUGUUCAAUGUGACCAAGAGGAGUCAACGGGUGAGCUACGUUCGGUGAUAAGUUACGGUCGCCGGAAGCGGCGUUCGACGUCGCAGACCCGGGAGGACCUCCUUCUGGUGCAAUCGAUUCAGAUUACUGACAAAUUUGGUUUCGAGAGGGAUGGAAAAAUGAGCAAUCGUACGGCGAUCGCCAAGGACACGAGUUUUAUGGAAAACGAGGAUCUCGCAUCGGUGGUUUCGGGAAUGUGCGUUAACAUGGGUGAGGCAAUAAUAGCAGGAACGUUGUUCCUCGUAGCGCAGAUAAUUGUGAUAGCGGCGUGGACUUUUACCUGGCAGCGUCGUAGACAAAUAUUGAAGCAUCAGGAAGCACUCUCGGUUUCGGUAUCGGUACCCGGUAUGCAUAAUUCCAGUGGAAUGCCUGGACGUGCCGAUAGCCUUUGCAAAUUGUACGACGCUGGUUAUUCGCGCCGUUUUUAA